UGAGCGGCAGGGCAAGCGGCAGGCGGCAGACAAACGGUAGAGCGCGGUAUAGUCAGAUCGCCACACACCGGCGUAUCGCUUAGAAGCCGUUGCUGUUCGCUGCCAUUCGUUCCAGGUACUUGUGCCUGUAGGUAAGGUCGCCUGGCGAGCUGAGGCCGCAGGAGGCAGAGUGAGGAUGUCGCCGGCACCAACCCGUUGUCAACCACCAAGAGCGUGUAAAAGUAAGAAGUCUCGGAUGUCCGCGUCCGAGGCGUCCAGGACGCCGCCGACUGGAACAGCCAUGAACCAUCAGGAGAAGACCGACUUCCGGCUCGACGUGCUGCCCGACCUGUCGCUCCUUGAAAUCCUCUGGUACCUACCCUUAAAGGACCUGGUGGCCGCCGGGCGCGCCAGCCCCCGCCUCUGCGCGCUGACCAGGACCAAGAUGCGCCUCUGGCAGACCGAGGACACGCUCGCGCUCAAGAAUUACAAUGACAUCUGCGACGCGUUGGCUGUGGCCCCUCCCGUGGACAUAUUGGCUGUGGCGCCGGCGGCGCCGGCGCUGGAUCCGUUGGCGGGGAAGUUGACCGUGGUUCCAGACGACGCCGCCAACACCACAGGCCUCUCACGAAAGCUUGUACUGUUCACUCGGGGUUGCGUACUGGCCGAGAGUGUCGACAGCCUCAUCAGGGAAGUCGCGCAGACGGUCAAGCGUCUCGAAGUCGACGCGGAGCUCGCUUGGAUUUUCACCUCAUUGCAGGAGGCCAACUGGUCUAAGCUGGAGCACCUGCAAAUAUCAGCGCAAGAGCUUGUUCCAGGGGGAGUGACGGGCGCAGUGGGAAACUUACUGUGGCCACAGGACGUGGUGUUGCCCAGGCUGCAAACCGUCGUGGUGGAGCCCCUUUACUUCGAGUACUCGGACACCCAUCGUCUGUUUGACAUUUCUGUCGAACACUUUGCGGCGCUCGAGUCGCUGCUGCGAGCUCACCGUGAACAGCUGGACUGUGUGAAGCUGUGUCUGUCGCAACUUCUUCCCCUUGUGGAGGCGUGCUCGAGCGACCUACACCGACUGGAAGUCGAAAUAGCAGACAACGACGACGUUGCAGUGCUGCGACGGAUGCGUGGGCUGAAGCAGCUCAAGAUCGGCGUGGACCAUCUUUAUCCCGAUUUUAAGCUGACAGAUUUGCUGAGGUGCUGGGUGGGACCCCUCGAGCACCUCGUCCUUCAAGACAUGAUCCAUGAGACGGUCGUGCACGCCCUGGGCGCGGGCGCGCUCAAGAGGCUCCUGUUUUUGGUGAUUUGGUCGGAUUGGGAUGAUGAUACGAUCAGGGGAACACCGGGACCCCUUCGCCACCUGCCGGAGGCGUUGGCAGGGCUGCCCCGCUUGCGUUCGCUCGCCCUGCAGGUGCCGUUGCACGUGGUGCUCCCCGACAUCACCCCCGCCUCCAUCGCCGCCCUGGAGCUGCUUAUCGUCGCGUGCGAAUGUGCAAAGUCUCGGUGUCGGUGCGCAGGUGAGACGCCGUCCUCCCUGAGUUUGUGCAGACCCCGCCCGCGGGGUCUGACGAGUGUUGCCAACUGAGUA